AUUUCGGUCAUUAGUUCCCUCAUAAAUCACUGUGUUUGUGCUCUUUUGUCUCGCCUGUUGUAGAUUCAGCCGUUCAUCUAGUGUGUUUGAUGAUCCAGAGAGCGUGAGCAUGAUUGACAUGAGAAGCGAGGAAGACUUGUCACCACAUAGUCAAGUUCGACACGAGCUCAUGCACAACCAGUACAACAAGCUGAAAGAGGAAGAAGACCACUGGCAGGAUGAUUUGGCCAAAUGGAAGAGUCGCAGGAGGAGUGUGUCACAGGACCUGAUCAAAAAAGAAGAGGAGAGGAAGAUGAUGGAGAGACUGCUAAGUGGAGAUGGAGGAUCACAGAGAAGGAAAAGCAUUAAGACGUACAGAGAAAUAGUAGAGGAGAAGUAUGUCUGCCUUUUACACUUAUGUUCUCAUUAUAUACAUCUCAACAGUGCAGGUGGCAUUUGGUCAUUUAAAGCAGUGUUUCUCAACCAAGUUCCUGGAGGACUACCAGCUCUGCAUAUUUUCCAGGUCUCCUUAACCAAACCGACCUGAUUCUGAUCAUCAGAUCAUUAGCAGAGACUGAAAGCCCUGUAGUGGGUGUGACAAAGCAGA